GGAGAAAAUACGCGACGCGCGCGUGCAGCUUACCGCCACCUCCGUUUUUUCGGUCUCGGACAUUCUUUCAAAAUUCACAGUAUUCUAUUCUUAUUCAGUUGCAUAUCUUUUAGUUUCCGGGUGGCAGAAGUGGGUGGGAGUUGAUAUACAACUAAAAUACAUCAGGACAAGACAUCAACGUCUUUUAUCCUCAUUCUUCUUAAUAAACCAGGACUUCCGGAUUCAUCUUGCCAGCACAUCAUCACACUUACAUCGCUCAUUAAAUAACAACUGCUUAUAUUGUAGCAUAAAACAACUAGAGCAAGAACUCUUUGACUUUGGCACGCGCCCGGCUUCUACCGCGGCGCCUCACAAUUCUCUGUUUCCUUAUUCUUCAUCCCUCCUUGUUGCGUGUCAAAGUGCGUCAGUGUUUGCUACAUCCAAAGCGUAGUUGUCAUUUUACUCAGUAUCUGGAAGAUCUUUAAAAGCAGUCCCUCUUUAAUCAUCUACUAUUACAACUGCAUUACACUACUCUCAUCAUAUUGGACGCCAGUCUCUGCACUUGAAACUUCCUCAGAGAUAACGAUUACAACCGUGCCACUGUCUCAACACUACGUCACAUUGCCAGAGCUAAAAGAAAUCCAAUAAAGUGUACAUAUAUGCCUCUUGCUCACCUGCUUUAAAAAAAAGUAAUUAGCAAUCUUGAUGCAUUGCUGAACCUCUUAGCGGAUAACUAAACAGCUUGAGAAAAAAAAAAUCAUAAUUGACUACUUUUCGGCAAUAAUAGCACGCGAUUGAUAUAAAUCGUGUGCAUCUAGGCAGUGUGGAAAGGUGCAAAGAAAAAGAGAGCGCAAGAGAGAUAGAGAGGAAAAGAAAGAAGCGCGCGAACAAGGAAGGGGAAGGGUGAGGGAGGCUGAAGGGAAGGAAAAGGGACUGCACGCGGUCGGGAUACACAAUUUCAAAGAGCUGGAGAGGGGCAAAGAAGGAGGAGUGAGGACGCUACCAUUCUCGUAACAACUGUCGCCGGUUGCUAAACCCGCGUGAAGAGUGUGUUGCUAGUGGUGUAUUGUCGUGUACAAUUUAUCGUUCUUAAGUUCGUGAUUAUAUAUAUUUAUAUAUAAAAAAAUUAUAUAUAUAUAUACAUAUAUUUUUCAUCAUCAACGCUAUAUUUUAUUCUCGUUGGACUCUGUGUCAUUCGAGAACUACACGGAAUAAUCUAAUAACUAGUGUGUGCCAGUGUUUGAGUCUACCUCAUCAGUCGUUAGCUCCAGUUAACGAAAAUUCAAGCUCCUUUUAAAACUUAUAAGGAAUAUAUUAAAAUAGGAAAAGAGAGUGAAGAAAAAAAAGUGAAAGAGUGGAAGAAAGAAAGAGAGAGACUAAGAUAAAAAUAGAUAAAUAUAUAUAUAAAUAUAUGGAUAUUAUAUAUGUAUUAUAAUAAUUAUUAUUAUAAUAAAUAUAUAUAUAUAAAUAUAUAAAUUAUAGUUGAACUCGGACACAAGCUAGUUCUUGUAAAUACGAGUAAAAAAAGGCCAGUUUUUUUGUUCUUUCGUUUAUUUGUGAAUUUCUUUUCGUAAAAGAAAAAACGUAUACGUCACUUCGAAAAUGUCUUUGGAUAAAUUCAGCGAGGGUGGAAUGUUGCAGAAGGAAAUGGAACGUUUGGAUAUCGAAGAAAAAAAUGGUGAAACCGCAAGCAGUGGCUCCGGGGCAAAAGUCUUGAUCACCAACGUGCCAAUUCACGCCAGAUUAGAAGACGUCGAGCUCCUGUUUUCGACAUACGGACAGGUGCAAAACGUCGAAAAAUUAUCUACUCGCGAACCCAAUACCCAGACGCUACUCAUUAGCUAUGAGACGCAAGAGCUAGCACAGCAGGCUGUGAACCAGUUGAAUGGCUACGAGAUCGACGGGAUUCCGAUAAAAGUGGAAAUGUCGAGUGCAGAAAGCCGACGAAGAGGACGUAGUCAGCGCAGUGGAGUUGCUUUCUCUGGUCUACCGGGAUCUGGUCGUCAGACGGACUUUCCUUUACGCAUCUUGGUGCAGUCGGAUAUGGUGGGUGCUAUCAUUGGUCGUCAGGGUUCCACCAUUCGUCAAAUUACGCAGAUGACACGAGCUAGAGUCGAUGUCCAUCGCAAAGACAAUGUUGGUUCCGUCGAGAAAGCAAUCACCAUUUAUGGUAAUCCAGAAAACUGCACGAAUGCAUGUAAAAAAAUAUUGGAGGUCAUGCAACAAGAAGCCAACAACACUAAUAAAGGGGAAAUUAUAUUAAAAAUUCUCGCGCAUAACAACUUGAUUGGCCGUAUAAUCGGCAAAGGCGGUAACACAAUCAAAAGAAUAAUGAUGGAUACUGACACAAAGAUCACGGUCAGCAGUAUAAAUGACAUCAACAGCUUCAAUUUGGAGCGAAUUAUCACGGUCAAGGGCAGUAUUGACAACAUGAGCAAAGCUGAAGCGAUGAUCUCUAGCAAACUUCGUCAAAGCUAUGAAAAUGACCUCCAAGCAAUGGCUCCACAAAGUGUAAUGUUCCCGGGUCUCCAUCCAAUGGCAAUGAUGUCAACAGCUGGAAUGGGCUAUAGUUCCCGUGGACCAGGUCUUUAUGGUUCUGGACCUGCACCUUAUCCUUAUCAAGGAAGUCUACCAACACAACAAGGAGCGCCAGCUAGUGAUACUCCUGAAACAACUUUCUUGUACAUUCCUAACAACAGUGUAGGUGCUAUUAUUGGAACCAAGGGAUCACAUAUUAGAAAUAUUAUCAGAUUUUCUGGUGCUAGUGUGAAAAUUGCUCCUUUAGAGCAAGAGAAACCUGCUGAUCAGCAAACUGAGAGGAAAGUUACGAUUGUCGGAUCGCCAGAGUCUCAAUGGAAGGCACAAUAUUUAAUCUUCGAAAAAAUGCGUGAAGAAGGUUUCGUAUCUGGAACCGAAGACAUCAGAUUGACAAUUGAAAUCUUAGUACCAAGUGCUCAAGUUGGUCGUAUCAUUGGUAAAGGUGGUCAGAACGUGAGAGAACUUCAGCGAGUGACUGGAAGUGUAAUUAAACUUUCAGAGCAGCAAACAACACCACCACCAGCUGAUGAAGAAACUACUGUCCACAUUAUUGGGCCUUUCUUCUCAGUUCAAUCGGCACAACGAAGAAUUAGAGCGAUGGUCCUUCAAUCUGGUGCUCCAGGAAGUGGAACCACUGGUACUGGCAUACGCGCAGGACGUGGAAGUAGCCAGGAAGGUGGUGUGCGUUCCCGAAGAGAUGGAAGUGCUACGUCUCAACAAGGUAGUACAGCGUCUCAACCUCAACAACAAUCACAGCCUCAGCAACCUCAACAACAGCAGCAGCAACAACAACAACAAGCUUCUCAGCCACAAAUGAGUUCUUCACCAUCCAGUCAACAACAACAACAACAGCAGCAGCCUCAGCAGAAUCAGUAACGUUGAUGAAACUUGACCAGAUGCCAACCAACGCCUCAUAGAAUUCCGUUUCAAUCGGCCGCGUUGGUCUUGUAACUCUCGUAUGACUCGUGUGAAUUAUUAAUUCGAUCGAGAGCGCGGAUAAAAUCUCAAUAUUAUGAUGUGAUUGGUUAUAAUAGCGUGAGUUUGGUGAAUUUUCGGUAUUUUUAUUCGAAAUAUAAAUCAUGUUUUUUUAUCAAGCUCACGUGUGUGAAAUGUUUUAUUGAUCCAAGUUGAUCAGAUUGUAAAUGUAUUACGAGAUGGCUCUGGAAGUCAUCAUUCGUGUGAAUUAUAGUAAUAUUGAGAUUAUAUCAAGAUAGUUUUCGUUAAAGAGUUUAUGCAUGAAUUUAAUAGGGAAAUGACUUUUCUUAGCAUAAACAUCUUGAUGAUCAAUCUUGUAUAAUUCACUAUUAACGAAAAUCGUUUAUUAUUGAUUAUAGGUAAAUAGAGUUCUCGUUUGAAAGUAGUUUACUGUGUCAUGAACCAGAAUAAAUCGUACAGUUAAAGUGCUAGUGCGAUUUUAGUUACAAUGUCAAACUGAUUAUGCUGAUGAAACGUGAAGAAUGAUGAUAAAAAACACACACAACCUUAUUACCUCAUUCAUUACGAUUAAAGAUUUAAUAUGAUAGAGCAGAGUGAAAUGAGAAAUGAUAAACCAACUAAUCUAAAGUCUACCUAAUAUUAAAGUUAUGAUAAUAUACAGAGAAGUUAAGUAACGAUUACGCAGUUAUGUUAUACCUGUUACUACUAAUAUUGCUACCGCUAUUAUUAUUACGACUCCUAUCAAUACUGUUUUUAUUCUGUGAAAACAGAAAGAAAAACAGUUUGUUUUACAUUUGUUUUUUUUUACUGAUAAAUACAGAGAAGUUAAAUACUGCAGUUUUGUUAGCCAUUUAAAAAUUAAUAACAUUGUGGUGACUUAAGAGAAACAAAACAUAUGCAUUUGAAUAAUUUACAAAAAGACACAACAUUCGCAGAUUAAAUAUUAAAUAAUGAGCUCAGGAGCUAUCAGCCCAUUUGCACCGUAAUACCAAAGAAACGAUUAUGAUUUUUUUCGUAUUAUAAGUGGAGUAAAACGUGCUAUUUGUGCACGUACUGGGCUCAACAAUAUUAAAGAAAAUAAAAUAAUAACAAGGAAAGCCGUAAGUUCCAUGAAAGAGCUAAGAAUGAGACUGCUCUACAAUUUAAGAACUUAAUAAGUAGUUAAACACGUUUGUUUAAAAUACUGUGACAACAGUAAUUUCAACAGACUUGAUUUAAUUGAUGAGUUUAAGUGUUAAGUUCAAUGGAACGAAUGAGAGUGAUGAUUAUGAUGAAAAAAAAGGAAAUUAUAAGGGUAUGAAGAUAAUUAGAAAGAGCCACGAAACAUUUUCAGGGAUUUUUACUUUACCAUGAAUGUAGUAAUGUGUGAGUGUGCGUGUGUUGACUGAUUGAUAACUAUUAAUUGAUAAGUAAUUGAUUAAUUCCUGCUGAAAAUGAUAUGAGGCGUAGAAAAGAAGGUUAAAAAUUAUAAUUAACAAUUAAUGAUGAGGAAGAUGAGCGAAAGUUUCGUGUGUUAUGGUGUCUCACUAUUCUACGAUCAUUUUCAUAGUAUUUCAAGGUGACGUGCACUGGAAAAUUUUCAUUAACAAAACAUAAAUCUAUGAUCCGGUAUUAGAAUACAGGAAUCCAUGCAUUUCAAGCACGGAGACUCAAACUAAAAUUUACAUGAUUAUGAAAGAGAAUUCUUAUUUCGAGAUUUUAUCUCGAUCGGGUGAUUUAUUAAAAGUAAAUUUUGAAAAUCACCAGUUAUCGGACUGACCCUCUUGUCGUGUUAAAUAAAAUGCUAGGCUCCCAAAAUGGGCAGGCAAAGCCUAUCGAAACUUUAUUCAACAAAAAAAUAAUGCAAAUGAUUUUCAAAGGACUUUGUGAUCAUUAUUUUUCUGUUGAAUCGGUUUGUAUUUUUAAACACGACCAUAAUUUCUUUACUAACGGUAAUACGUUUAAAAUCAAGCCUACAGAAAAGGAAAAUCUAUCGAGACAUGGAUAUCGUUAGAUUUCAUAAAAACAACAAAUUAAAUCUUCUGUAUUUUAAAAUGAAUAUAGAAGAUGUCCUUGUGGUUUAGGCAAAUCAAGUACAAAGAUACAUGAGUUAAAGAGAGUUAAUAUAAAUCAAUGUUUACGUAUAAUCGGUCAAAUUUCAAAAGUAUGUACAUUCGAUUGAAAUUUCGAGGAAUUGCGAUAUUUAUAAGCUCAAGAGAUGGUUGUAGUGAGUUUAUUAUGUUUAAAAAAAAACAAAACUCAUGAAAACAUUAUCUGUAUACGGUUUUCCUCGAGAAAAGAAUAUGAGCGGAUGAUAGAAGACGAGCUAAAAAUGUUUUUUUUUUAUUUAAAAAAAGUAAGAGCGUAAUUUUGAAGAGAGAAAAUUGACAAAUUAAAAAAUGAAAAAAAAAUACAAAAAAAAAAUAAGAGUAUAAGUUUAUUUUUGAUACAUUGUUGGAGGAGAUCUAAGUAAUUCUUUUUUUCGAUUUUUUUGUUAGAUGUUUUAAUAACUUAAUGAAUUUUAACGAUAUUAAGAAGUAACAAAGAGUUGAGGAUAAGAAAAAAAUUAAAUUUUUAAUAUAAAAUGUGGAAUGAGUAAAAAAAAUUGUUUAAUAUUUA